GUUCCUGCUACACGGGUAAUGAUCAGUAAUCAGAAAGGACUGCUGUAUCAUGUCGGACCGAGCGCACUAAUUUAUUUCCUUGUGUAAAAUAUGGGUCGUGUUGGAUUUUGCGGAUUCGCUGGUACUGUAAUUAUUAAUACUUUCCUAUUUCUACAAUGCGUGUCGUCAGUGGCUUCGGAUGACAGCCUAUGGUACCAGGAUCUGUGCAGUUACAAAUGGGAGGCCAUUGAUAAGGACAGCAAUGUGAGCUACACUCUGAAGCUUUGUGAUUCGUCUCCAAACACAGAAUGUGGAGAAGGAAGUGCGGUCUGUGCCCACAGUCUUACAAGUGGGCAGCAUCAGUCAGUGGGUGAGCUCUCUCUGACGAAGGUCUCGCCUGCUGUGCUCGAUUUCAACAGCUCGAAGAAAUGCGAAGACAAGAAGAGCAACGUUCAGAGCAGCAUCACCUUUCAAUGCGGCAAAACAAUGGGCACGCCAGAGUUUGUCAUCGUCUCCGAGUGUGUGCAUUACUUUGAGUGGAGGACGUAUGUCGCCUGCAGACGUGAUAAAUUUAAACCGCAUAAAGAGGUCCCUUGCUAUGUCUUUGACUCUGAUGGAAAGAAGCAUGACCUCAACCCGUUGAUAAAACUCUCAGAUGGCUACCUAGUUGACGACCCGGAUGAUGAGAUAGAUUUCUACAUUAACAUAUGCAGAAGUCUAAAUCGUGUUGGAAGCUCCUGUCCUGAAGGAUCUGCCGCCUGUCUCACUCACACCUCUGGUAAAGGUUCUUUCGACAUGGGUCAACCUGUUAACCAGCUGGAACUGCUCUCUAAUGACAAACUAAGACUUCGGUACGAGGGAGUGAAAGAAAUCCCAGAAUUCUGUGAUGUCCACAGUCCAGCAGUGACCAUUACAUUAAUUUGUCCCUCAACAAGGCAAUCGGGAAGUAACCCUAAGAUGAUCAGCAGCUCGAACUGUCGGUAUGAGAUCGAGUGGGUGACGGAGUACGCCUGCCAUAGAGAUUACCUGGAGAGUCACGACUGCAAACUGACCAGCGCUCAGCAUGACAUCUCCAUCGACCUCACACACCUGACGCACAGCUCUACAGACACACCAUACAUGGCUGAGGCCAAAAAUGGCAAGGAUACCUACAUCUUCUAUCUAAACGUGUGUGGAGAGACCACCGCUGGACAGUGUGAUGAUGAAAAAGGAUACAUCUCUGCCUGCCAAUUCAAAGACACUGGCGAUGUGAAGAAGAUUGCUGGAAGAUACCAGAACCAAACACUAAGAUAUUCUGAUGGUGAUCUCACAUUGAUCUACCCAGACGGUAGCAGAUGCAGCACUGGAUUCCAGCGCAUGACUAUUAUUAACUUUGAGUGCAAUGCAACUGCUGGCAACGGUCAUCCGGUUUUUACGGGAGAGUCUGACUGCACGUAUUACUUUGACUGGCAGACGUCGUAUGCGUGUGUGAAGGAGAAGGAAGACCUGCUGUGUCGAGUCACAGACCACAAGAAGAGAUAUGAUUUAUCACCACUUACACGAUUCCCAGAAUCGGAGGGAUCUCAGAAUUGGGAGGCAGUGGACGCAAAAGCAGCAGAGUCUGACAAAAAGCGCUUUUAUAUAAAUGUCUGUCAUAAAAUCAUCCAGGAUGGGGUGGCCAGUUCUUGCCCUGAGGACUCCGCAAUAUGUGCAGUAGGAAAUGGGAAGGCAAAGAAUCUGGGCAAAUUCCUGAAUUCUCCUGAAAAGGCAUCCGAGGGUGAAGACAUCAGACUGAUUUACACAGACGGAGACGAGUGCAGAGAGAAGAUGAAGGUGAAGAGCAUCAUCACUCUGAAGUGUAAGCCUGGAGAUGUGGAAAGUGCUCCGGUCCUCAGGAGCGUGUCCAGCGAUAGCUGCGUCUAUGAGUUUGAGUGGUUCACUGCUUCAGCCUGUGUCCUGUCUAAAACUGAAGGAGACGACUGCAAGGUGGAGGACACUCAAGCAGGAAUUUCGUUUGAUUUGUCUCCACCAAAAUCUAAUGGAGGCUAUUAUAACAUGUCCAGUGAAAAGUAUAACUACUUCAUAAACGUAUGUGGAAAUGUUAAAGCCGCAGAGUGUCCAGAAACAGCAGGGGCUUGUCAAGUUAACCAGAUUGGUAAACAGUCAUGGAAUCUUGGUCAGUUCAACUCCAAGCUUUCUUACUAUGACGGCAUGAUCCAGCUGACCUACAGAAACGGCUCUCAGUACAACGACAUACAGCACACGAAGCGAUCCACACACAUCCCCUUCCUCUGUGACCGAGCUGGUCCAGGAAAACCAGAGUUUCAGGAUGAGGAUGAGUAUACGUAUAUUAAGUGGUACACUUCCUAUGCGUGUCCAGAGAGAUUACACGAGUGUGUCGUGACAGACCCAAAACUCUUCAAACAGUAUGACCUGUCCAGUCUGUCAGUAUCAAAUGGCGGCAGGAACUGGCAGGUCAUGGACUCAUCUGACAUCAGCAGCCCGAGGAAAUACUACAUCAAUGUGUGUCGUCCUCUUAAAGCCGUGCCAGGCUGUGACAGAAGAGCUUCAGCCUGUGAGAUUAAGUUCGAAGCUGACAGGGAAGGCCUGUCUGAGAAGGUGGAGGUCAGUAAUUUGGGCAUUGCUAAGAAAGGGCCGGUGAUUGUGGAGCAAAACCAGCUGAUGUUGGAGUACACCAACGGCUCCGUGUGUGAAGCAGAUGGAAAGACCACCACAUACACAACACGCAUCCACUUCGUCUGCACUUCUGGGACACCACCGUCUGGCCCUCGCUUUGUGGUGAACCAGAAAUGUACCGUUGACUUUGUUUGGGACACAGAAGCAGCCUGUGCCAUUUCUACUGUCGUGGACACAAACCAGACGUGCUCCGUGAAAGAUCCCAACACUGGCUUUGAAUUCAACCUGCAGCCGCUGGCCACUGAAAAAGGAUACCAUGUCAACGCUCAUGGAAAAGACUUUAUUGUGAACAUUUGUGGUCCAGUGAAGGAUUGUGGGACUGCUGGAGAUAAAGCUGUGUCCGGCUGUGAGCUGGAGGAUCAGAAGCCGGUCAGUCAGGUCGGGGUGGAGCGUUCCCUCCAGUUCUCUACCGAUGGGGCUCUCACUCUCACAUACAAGGGAGUCAUGGACAUACCGACAGGUACUGAAGACACCUUCAUCAUUAAUUUUGUGUGUGACCAAAAGGCCUCUCCAGCCUCCCUAAAGCUUAUACAGGAAGAGCUGGGCACAAGUACACACGUAACCCAUAAUGUGAUUUUUGAGCUUGCAACUCCACUAGCCUGUGAACCUGCACCUGUGGACUGCACAGUCACUGAUUCACAAGGCAGGGAGUAUGACCUGGGGGACCUCAGUCUGGAUGAGAAGUCCUAUGUUCCUCUGGACACCUCGGAUCAGGCCCGGUUUCAGAAGUUUUACGUAAAUGUGUGUAAACCACUGCCUCGUGUUCAGGGCUGCCCUGCUGGUGCGAUUGGAGCCUGCGGACACAUCAACAGCAGUUUUGUGAAUCUGGGAUACGUGCAGUCAAACCUCCAGGCCGCAGCGGACGGCUCCAUCAGUAUUGUUUAUCUGAACGGGGACAAGUGUGGGACAUCAGGACGCUACUCUACCCGAAUCAUCUUCCAGUGUGAUGACAGUCCUGGAGCACCGAUGUUCGAUCGCAAGGAUGGCUGUGAGUUUGUUUUCAUCUGGAGAACCUCAGAAGCUUGUCCAAUCAAAAGAGUCCACGGUGAAAACUGCAAAGUCACAGACCCCAAGAGCGGUUAUGAGUACAAUCUCACACCGCUGGCCGGAAAGGACUAUGAAGUGACGGGUUUCCAUUAUGAGUAUCAUUUUGCAGUGUGUGGCCCAAUUACAACCUCGGUCUGCCCUCACGGCCCCAGCCAAUCUGUGUCCUCCUGUCAGGUUGAAGAACAAAAGCACAGGGUUGCAGGAAUGGCCAAUCAAAACCUCACGUUUGAUGAUGGGAUUAUUAUGAUCAAUUAUACGAAUGGGGAAACAUGCCAUACGAUUUACGAGCGCUCCACAGCUAUUCUCUUCUCCUGUGACCACAGCAAGAAUCCUGGUAAGCCAGAGUUCAUAAAGGAGACCGCAGACUGCACAUAUCUGUUUGAAUGGCACACAGCUUUGGCCUGCCCUUCCUUCAAAACCACAACCUGCUCCUACAAUGACGGCAGUGGCCACUCCUACGAUCUCUCAUCAUUGGCCUUGCACAAAUCAAAUUGGAUUGUUGUGCCAGAAUCAUCCAAUCAGAAGCAGCGUUACUAUAUCAAUGUGUGCAAGUCUCUGGUGCCUCAGACAGGUUUGUGGAGCUGCCCAUCCAGUGCUGCAGCCUGUCUGAAGGAUGGGGACGAGUAUGUGAAUCUGGGGGAGGCGGAGUCUGGUCCACAGUGGGAUAAAAAUGUCCUGGUUCUGAAGUAUACCAACGGAAAAGCCUGUCCUGAUGGCAAGAGAAACCGGACCACCAUUAUUCGCUUCAAAUGCAAUCCAGAUAAAGUGGAUUCUGAACCCACUCUGAUCACGGCUCUGGAGAACUGUGUCUACAACUUUGUAUGGUUCACAGCUGCAGCCUGCCCUCUCAACAGCACUGAGCAUGGAGACUGUAAAGUCACAAAUCCUGCUACAGGUCAUCUGUUUGACCUGAAUUCGCUCAGUCGGAAAGGUGGAUAUACGGUUUAUGAUCCUGAAUUGCACAGAAAGAUGUUUAGACUGAACGUGUGUGGAGUAGUCGAUGCUGGUUGUGCUACUGGAACAGGCGUGUGCAUCAAGGACAAUCAGAUGGCUAUAAGUGCUGGAAAAGCUUUAAGAAAGCUGGUCUAUAAGAAUCAGGUGGUGGAGCUUAGCUAUGAGGAUGGGGAUGUGUGCGCUACAAAUCCAUCCCGCAAACACAAGAGCAUCUUUAGCUUCGUCUGCAAGUCUGAAGGAGGAGGAACUGAUGGACCUGUGCUGGUUUACUCAGAUGACACAACCUGCACUCACUUCUUCACCUGGCACACUCCUCUUGUCUGCGAACAACAGGUGAAGUGCUCGGUUCGGAACGGUACCAAUCAGAUCGACCUCAGUCCUCUGAUACACCUAACUGGUUACUACACUGCUAUAGAUGAGGAUGUAGACCGGGACAAAUCUCCUGACUUCUACAUCAACAUCUGCCAGCCCCUCAACCCCAUCCCAAAGGUCAACUGUCCUCCAGGGGCCGCUGUGUGCAUGGACCCUGUCGAUGGAGAGCCAAUCGACAUUGGACGAAUCACCUCUCCUCCUCGCUAUAACAGUGACUCUAAAGAGGUGGAGAUCACCUUCAGCAGCACAACUGUCUGUGCCUCUGAUCGGACCUCCAACUACUCCUCCAAGAUCAUUUUCACCUGCCAGAAAGGAGCAGAGCUGGGUUCUCCUCGGAUGAUUCGGGCUCACAGCUGCAUGUAUGUGUUUGAAUGGGCCACUCCUGUGGUUUGUCCAGAAAUCAUCACGGCGCAUGGCUGCAAUCUGACAGUCUCUCAGCUGCGAUACACCUUUGACCUCUCAGCACUGACUGGAGUCGUUCAGGUUCCUGUAACCUCUGGCUCCUUCAACAUCAAUGUGUGUGGGACUGUGGCCAACACUGGUUGUAAAGACAGCGCAGUGUGUCUGGUUUCCACUGGUUCAACGGCUUCAUAUGGGAACAGUAAACUCAUGAACCUGGACUACAAGAGAGAAGAGCAGUCUGUAAUGAUGCAGUACAGCGGAGGAGACUCCUGUCCUCAAGUCACAGAUAAAGAUGAAGUAUGCACUUUUCCCUUUACGUUCAUGAGUAAGCUUUUCACUGAAUGCACAACUGAUGGCAGGACUGAUGGCAGGAAGUGGUGCGCAACCACAAGCAACUAUGACAAAGAUAGGAAAUGGGGCUUCUGUACUGACGCUUUGCGAGGGAAGCGUCAGUCUUCAAUCUUGUUCUCUUGUGAUCGAGCGGCGGGUCGUGGAAGUCCACAGCUGAUCAGCGAAACCCAGGGCUGUUCUGCCACCUUCCAGUGGAGAACCAAUGUGGUUUGUCCACCCAGAAAGAUGGAGUGCAAACUAGCAGGACAACACCAAACGUAUGACCUGCGCACUCUCUCCUCUCUAACAGAGCCAUGGAAAUUCAGCAACGGACAAGACUCCUACUAUUUUAAUCUGUGUCAGGCCAUUCACGGAGGUCAGCCGGGCUGUGCUGCAGAGGCUGCCGUGUGUCGUAGACUGGCCGGAGGAAAAACAGAGACUCUAGGCCGAGUUCACACACAAACCAUGGAGUUAAUCGAUGGAAAGAUCCUGGUCAAUUAUUCCAUGGGUGACGAAAUGUGCGGUAACAAGAAACCAGCCAAAACAGUCAUACAGCUGAAGUGUGGAAGUACAUUCGGCCAUCCCAAACUACUGUUCAAGGAGGAAAAAUCUUGUGAGUUCUGGUUUGAGUGGGAAACUCGAUCAGCAUGUGCUGUGAAGCAGGAGGAAGUAGAGAUGGUCAACGGGACCAUUAAGGUUGCCAAAACAGGAGCCACGUUCAGCCUGGGAUCCCUUUAUUACCGUUUGCACAAUGCCACAGGAGACAUCCGAGCCAAUGGAGACCGCUAUAUCUACCACAUCCAGCUGUCGGGCAUCACAGACAGCUCCAUUUCCAAAUGCUUGGGUGCCAAUAUCUGCCAGGUCAAGAUUAAUGACAGUUACCGCAGGAAAAUUGGCUCCUCCAGCAAAGCCAAGUAUUAUAUCAAAGGUGGAAACCUCGACGUCUUGGUUCCAUCUGAAUCUGUUUGUGGACGAGACAAAACCAAAACAGUGUCUUCGGCGAUCCUGUUCCACUGCAGCCCAACAGCAGGAGAGGGUAUCCCAGAAUUCCUGCUAGAGACCGAUAGCUGCCAGUACCUGUUUGUUUGGCACACCUCCACCGUUUGUGAAUUUAUUUCUUCCAGCUCCAUAGACAGUACUGAUGGAGGGGAGGAGCUUACUGGACUUUCUGGACGGAGUCAGGCUUUAGGGGCGGUGCUUAGCCUGCUGUUAGUUGUGCUCACAAUCUGUUUGCUUGUUCUCCUGCUGCACAAACAAGACAGGAGGCAACUUGUAAUCCAGAAAGUGUCGAGCUGCUGCAGGAAAGGAAAUCCAGUAUCUUACAAAUACUCCAGGGUGAAUACAGAUGAAGACGGGUGUGAAGAUGAGAUGGAGUGGCUGAUGGAGGAGACCGGGACCCCGACACGAGAACCACAGGAGAACGGUCACAUCACAACCAAACCGGUCCGUGCAGACGCCCUGCGCUCCUUCUCCCUGGAUGAGCAGGACAGCGAAGACGAGGUGCUGACAGUCCCCGGGGUCCGAAUGGCACCCUCAUCUUCACGCCUAAAAUCGGCAUUACUCAAAGCAGAGAGUGACGAGGAUCUGGUAGGGCUCCUGGUGGACACACGGAGCAAAAAUAAGAGUCGAUAUGGGGAUAAAAACCAGACGAGAGCCCAGUUAGAUCCUGACGACAGCGACGAGGAUCUGCUUAAGGUUUAAGGGGUGUCAAACAGACCCCCGAACUGAACUUUUGAAUGUCUCUGCCACCACGCUCCAAAUGUUAAGGUUUUUUUGUGGGGAGUUUUCUAAAGGGAAAUCUCUCUGUGAGCUGUUUAUACAGACGGCUUUCAAGAGCAGGUUGGUCCAUUCGUCCGUAAAAAUAGACUCUAUACCUUCCUCACAAAAGAGGGUGUUUUUUUUUUGUCAUUUGAUAGUUUAUUUGUUUUGUAUGUUCAUUUUUUGAUUGAUUUUCGAAUGAUUUAUGUAAACAUCACAAGUGAAUAUUUUGGUUUCCCGCAAACUUGGAUAAUAUAUAUAUUUUUUAUUGUUAUUUAA